AUGGUGCCAUGGCGACCCGGGUGGCCCGUGCUGUUACCGGCGUCCUGGAUGCCAGCGGUGGUCACCAGACGCUGUUCUAUACCACGGCCGACAAGCGCACAUCAGUUGCUGGACGACCAGACCAUGCUGCCGCUCGAUACAGCUCGUUACAGGGGCCCAAACGAACCAGUAAAUGACCAUGCACCAAAUGCGUUGACUAGUUGUGCAUUUUACGACAGAGAUACCCGGCCACAUUUGUUGAUGGUACCAUGGCGACCCGGGUGGCCCGUGCUGUUACCGGCGUCCUGGAUGCCAGCGGUGGUCACCAGACGCUGUUCCACCCUGCGGCCGACUAGCGCACAUCAGUUGCUCGACAACGAUACCGUGGUGCCGCUCGUGAUAGCUCUUAACAGGGGCCCAAUCGAAUCAGUGGACGACCAUGGCCAAGUCCAGUUGGACCACGAUCGGAAGACAUCUUCGGACGUGUCCGACGUCACUUUUUUUUCGGUAAUCGUUCUGACACCAUUGGCCGUAUUCUGGACGGCGGGCAUGUAA